AUGAACGCGACCACAGCGAAUCAGUCGGACUGCCCAGAGGUGAAGGUUCCCUUCCCCCUCUUCUUCGCCAUCGGCGUGGUGAGCCUGGCCGAGAACCUGCUGGUUGUGGUGGCCGUCAUACGGAACAGGAACCUCCACUCACCCAUGUACUGCUUCAUCUGCAGCCUGGCGGCCUUUAACACUAUCGCCAGCCUCACCAAGACCUGGGAGAACCUGAUGAUUGUGUUUGCCAACGUGGGACAGCUGCAAAAGAAAGGUUCCUCUGAGCAGAAACUGGACGAUUUGAUGGACUCCCUGCUGUGUAUGUCGUUUGUGGGCUCCAUUUUCAGUUUCCUGGCUAUUGCUGUGGACCGUUACAUCACCAUCUUCCAUGCUCUUCGAUACCACAACAUCAUGACAAUGCGGCGCACAAAGGCCAUCUUGGGCUUCAUCUGGAUGACAUGCGGGCUGUCAGCCGUGCUCAUGGUGAGGUUCUUCGACACCAGGUUCAUCAUGAUCUGCUUUGUUGUCUUCUUUGUCGUCUCCUUGGCAAUCAUCUGCUUCCUCUACGUCUACAUGUUCAUGCUGGCGCGGAUCCACGCCAGGAAGAUCGCCGCUCUGCCAACCGGCGGCGGGGGGAAGUGUCGGCGUCAGCGGUGGUGGGGCAGCAGCAUGAGAGGGGCCCUGACGCUCACCAUCCUGUUCGGGGUGUUCGUGGUGUGCUGGACGCCGUUUUUCCUCCACCUCAUCAUCAUCAUGGUGUGCCCCAUGAACCCGUACUGCGAGUGCUACCGAUCGCUGUUCCAGCUGCACGUGGUCCUGCUGAUGAGCCACGCCCUCGUCGACCCGGCCAUCUACGCCUUCCGCAGCGUCGAGCUCAGACACACCUUUAAGAAGAUGCUGCUUUGUUCAGACUGGAAGCAGUGCUCAUAGAGAAAAUGUAUUACAGCUUUUUAUGUUUGCUUUUUACUUUCCCUUUAUCUGCAGACUGCUUUACAUUCAUCAGGUUGCAUAUAUCUACACCUGGGAGUCAACAAUACACAGACCUGUACUGCUAAUGAACAUCUGUGGGUGGUCAAGGGCAUCCUGCGGCAAAAUAGGUUACAUUUUCCCACCUGGUAUUUGACGAGGGCUAAAUCAAGGCUACUGCCACCAGUACAUUUAGUUUCCAUUGUGUUUGAAUGAGCACAUGUGAGUGGAUCUGUGUAUGCUUUUUCCAUUAGACAGUGCCAUGCACAGACAUUGUUGGGGAGCAAGUGCUCAAGCGAAGAAAAAAAAGAGCACCCGUCUCAUAAUUAUUCACAAAAAAUAAAGUUAAUGGAGUAGCACAUA